GCGGGGACAGAGAGAGAGAGAGACUGUGAGUGAGCGACGCCGCGGGACCCAGCCCCAGGCCCAGCCCGCGCCAUUACACAUUUAGGCACGGAGGACAGAGGCCCGGCAACACGACGAGGACGAGAAAAGCUCGACCAAUUUGUGUGUCAGCGGGAGUUUGUGUUCUGUGUCGUGCUCGCUCCUCACGAGACCAAGAUUGUGAGACGGCAGGAACGGUGCGCUGAUCUGGGGCUGCGCGGAGCGAGGCGAGUAUCGUCGGAGCAUUUUCUGCAGUCGGAGCAUUUUCUGCAGGCGGACGAGUUCGCCAGUGGCGCGGUGCAUGUGUUGCCCCGGUCGGCGUCGCGAUGGACGACUACAUGAAGGAGAUGAUGGACCUCAAGACUCUGGUCACCAAAUCGCUUGAGAAGAAGGGCGUUUUGGCACGCAUUCGGGCAGAGCUGCGGGCAAACGUUUUUCAAGCUAUUGAAGAGCAGGAUCAUGCCACUGAAGCAGAGGGCGGGGACUCUUUCGCAUUACUAGGUGGAUGUAGCGAGCGGGCCAAACAGCUUCAUUCGACUCCUGCCGGGAAGUUGCUGACAGGCCUCAUUUGUGAAUACUUGGAAUGGUGUGAACUGGAGCGCACUCUGAGAGUGUACUCUCCUGAGCUUAACCAGCCCCGUCCCUAUUCAAGAGCUGAACUCGAGGAAUUGCUGGAGAUUAAAAGUGACAAAAAUGUAUCAGGAAUCUCUUCGGAGACACGACCCCUUCUACUGGAAGUCUUAGAAGGUUAUUUGAAAUCUGAGACAACUCUGGUGAAGGAUUCAUAUGCAGUCGCUUCAUCUAGCCACCCAAAAUCGUCGAGAGUAUCGUCAAGUGCAGCAUCGAAGCCCUCGAAUAAUGGCUUGGAUAUCGGAGAUGAGGAUUUGAGAGGAGGCUUGGAAUCACGCUUGAACUUGUCCAACAAGGGACUUGACCAAGCCACAAGUUCUCCGAACACUUCUCUGGAGAAGCAUUCCCAGUCGUCAGCGCAACUGGAGAGUUGCACAUCAGGCAAACCCGUUGCAAGCACUGUGAGGAGUUUCAAGAGUGCUCCAGCACCAGAGAAGGUUGUAGCCACCCGUGUAAAUGAAACGUGUAAGGACGUUGGAAAGUUAGGUGGAAAGUUAUCCCUUCUCGGAGAGUUGCCGCCUUUACGAAGAACAGGAGGACUGGCAGCAUUGGGACCAGUAAACACUAGCGGAGGCAAUCAUGGGUCCUUACCAUCUGGAAGAGACACUCAUGAGAAUUUGGAUGUGACACCUUCUGGAUUGCCAGGCGACUCUGGUAUUAGAGAUUGCUGGAGCGUUGGGGGUAGCAUGGGCUUCUCCAGGAUUGAACAUAAUUGGCAAGAUGUUAAGUUAUCCCAGCCAAGCGCUUCUGGGGUGGAAACAGAGAAUCAUGGUGACUGCAUUCUGGACCAGAAUGUUCACAAUACUAUGAAUUUGAAAUCCGAAGGGUCCCAAGAUGAUUCCGACUUUGACUUUCGUGACAGUACAAGAAAAAACGUAUCGUGGAAUGACCCUGAUUCUGAUGGUGGAAGUAAGAUGCGCUGCCCGGACAAAUUUAGAGAAGAAACGUGGGGCCAAGAAGAUGAAGAAGUUGUAGCCAAUAAGAGAUCGUGCUCUUCUCAAGGAACUUGGAAGCCAUGUAAAGCAUCAGAUUCAACAGCCAUCAGUCUGGAGCCUACGAUCAGAGUAUCGCCAGCAUGGUUGGAUCGCCUUAGCUCUGAUACUCAAGUAAAGGACGUAAUGUUUUCCAAGACUAAAGGUGAAGACUCUACAGCAGCAGAAAGGAAGAAAUGUCCCUCAGCUUAUUUUUACAGUGACAGUGACGAUGAUGGUUCUCCGUGACCAGCUGCAACGGACGAAGGCGCUAUAUUAUGAAGGUUACCUUCGUGCUAUUUGUUAUGGCAACAAAACCAGAGAAGCAACGAUCCAGUUUAGUUAACACUUAAACAUUGCGCCAGCAUUGGUUCAAACUAUCGAACAGCAAAAUGUGUUGUGAUUUGACGAGGUGAAGACAGACUGCAGUCCAGGACGCUUGAGCUUGUAUUAGAGUACUUCCCCGGUAUGCGAAAAAUAGAUCAGGUUGUUUGUUCUUCUCGAAGAAUGCUUGUUUAUGAGUACAAGUCUGGAAACGAUGUAGUUUAAUGCACUUCGAUGUAGUUAAUUGUACUUUGAACUCAAGCAAAACUCACUGUCUAGUUUGUAGAAGAGAGAGACUCAAGCUCGUUGAACAAAACUUCGGGAGAACUCGAUAUUCAAGUUUUGCCCAUCUUCGACAGAGAAGGUUCUAACUUCAUGUAUUUUGAAAGCUAAGCAGAUCAAGGAAAGCUACAGCAUUCAUUUCCAGCACUAGACUUCAUGCUCUCUAUUUGUGUAGUCAUCUCAUUCUGAUCAAUCAGGUGUCAUGAGAAUUCAGUCAGGCACGUACUGGUUCUAUCAGAACAUUAGACGAUAGCUUCCAUAGCUGUGGUUGUUGCAUUCCGAUACCUACUAACGAUUUUCCAUGCGGCUGUUUCAUAUGAUUGAAACUCUACCAU